GAUGUCCAUUUGUAGCAUCGCGCAGAACAGUUAUCUAAUCAUCGACUAGUGAAGAGUUCUUUACGUUUAUUUUUGACUAUUAGUUUCCACCCGUAGCAGGAGAAUUGCAGCAAUUGAUUGAAGUGUCGUCAAGUGUCCCGAACAAAAAAAAAACUCCCGCAGCUAUGUUGAGAUUCGUGUCAGCUCUUGCCAUUUUGGCAGCAACCGCUAGAGCCGCCCCGGUAGAACCUGCGCACUACUCAUUCGUCGCCAAACAUCCCGUGCACUACGAACCAGUACACCACGCCGCUCCCGAAGUUCACUAUCCGAUCCAUGUGCUCGAAAGCCAUGACUACCAACCGCACUACGAGCACGCCGUUGCCCAACUGCCCCAGAAGUACAUUGUCGAAAGCUCCCACGACGGUUACCUCGGCCAUCAUGCGCUUGCCGAGCAGAGCUACGUCGAUCACGGCAAUGCGUACACCGGUGGCUACAGUGCCCUGUACGGUGGAGAUGUUCAAGGACAUCUCUACAACAGCGGCAGCCACGGCGGAUAUGCCAAGAGCUACGGCGAUUACUACGCUUACCCCAAGUAUAAAUUCGAGUAUGGAGUCGAUGAUCCCCACACCGGUGACCAUAAGAAGCAGUGGGAAUUCCGGGAUGGUGAUGUUGUCAAGGGUGGAUACAUGCUGAAGGAAGCCGAUGGAACGACCCGCGUUGUUGAAUACACAGCAGAUGAUCACAAUGGCUUCAACGCAGUCGUCAAGAAGAUCGGACAUGCUCACCACCCGGAGACCCACGCUCACGCCCCAGUUGCUGUCCACAACCAGUACGGUUAUGUGGGUAACUACGCUGGAGCUUACGCCACCGGAGAUCACUACGGCAAGGGAGCAACCAGCUACACCAAGGUCUGGAAGCAACACUAAAUCGUUGGGACGAAACUUCGCAACCUUAGUGUACGAUUGCCAAAGAUGAUGAAACACCGAACCGACCACAUUAUUUAUUUCACAUGACGCUUUUAUAUCAAGCCACUGCUAGCUCCAACGAACUACUUGCGAAAAGUUUUAGUCAAACAACUCUUCACUAGGAUGGUCUUGUAUAAUAUGUUUUCACUCAUAUGAUAAGGAGUUAGAUUAUUCAAACGGCUUGUUAUCUGCGGUAGCUUUCGAUGGAAUCGAAUAUUCUCAUCGAAUGGACUGCAGAGGCCGACGAUUAUUGAACUCCUCGAUAACGAUAAUAAACUGAUCUGUGAUAAAAAAUAUUGCAAAACAAAAA